AAAUAAUGGUGGAAGAUUUUCAACAACCACAGUUGCAGAAAAUAGCGAUUCUGAAUAUAGUGAUUCUGAAUAUAAUAAUUCAGAAUAUAGUGAUCCAGAACUUCUAAUUUAUGAAUUAGAGAAUAGUAAUGAGGCAAAUUUUGAUAAUGAAAAGACAGAACUUAAUGAAGAAGAAGCUAAGCAGUUGAUAUAUGAAAAUA